UACCGAAACAACCGUCAGUGGAUUUAUUUAUUUACUCGCUAUGACCAAUGCAAAACAACAAUCACGUUUACACAAAAUUCAACAACGUACCGCAACCAGGUCAUCGUAUCCACUCACACGAACUAUGAGAUAUACAUGAAGGAGGAUUUUCACUUUACAGUAGAAUGUCUUGUUAACAACAGAGGGCCAUCUCUUGUGGAGUUUGCUACAAUGGCCGAUGGCGAAAUUGUUUUCGAGCGAAAAAGUGGAAAUUUUACCUUUACGAUGGCGCUAUAUACUAAUGGUAGUUACUCUAUUCCCUACUCCGGUCGGCAAUAUCCUGUAAAACUGAGCCUUGGUAGUAAAGUAUUCGUUGGUGCAAGCGUCCAAACUUUUAGCAACGAUAUGGUCUUGAUUGUUGAUUCCUGCAAAACGACACUUAACCCUGACCUCCACGUAAAUCCACAACACAAACUGAUCGAAAACAGUUGUGCUGUAGAUUCAACAGUUAAUUUCGACGGCCAAUCAACGAUCAACAACACAUCUCGUGUCUUCUUUUCAUUCGAUAUUUUUGGCUUCUCUGGAGAUUAUUCAACGGUAUUUGUACAAUGCCAAUUAUCAGUUUGCAAUGAGAGUGAUGUGCAAUGUCGUAGGGACUGCCAGCAACCUGAGCUCCUUGAUGUAACUACACCAAAGGAAGUGCCUGAUACUGUUAAUGUUACUAUUGGACCUGUCAAACUGAACACACUAGACGACGAUUUAGAUGUUAGCCUUGACGCUAAAGAUUCAACUUCAGGAAGAAUAUUUCCAGCAUUGUCUACAACAUUGUGGCUUCCUGUUAGUCUUGUAGUGUUUUCUGUAGCAUGUGUAAUUUGGAUAAAGAGCAAGACGACCAACAGGAAAACAAACGUGGAGAAGAAUUGGAUGAGACUGGAAAAAAACCCUUAACCUACAUUAUAAA